CUUCCCUCUCCUGCUUCCCACCCUCCCAAAUCACGCAGUCGCAGUGAUUCAGGCGUGGCUUCGCCACCACAACGGGGUCCUCUGCAUAGACGGCUCACUAACAAUGGCGUCGAAUAGUAUGACCCGACGAUUGAAGAUUCGUAUCGGAAGCAGGCCGUGAUAGAUAAUCAGGCCUGCAUGCUCGAGGUGCUAGACACGGCUGGGCAAGAAGAAUACACAGCACUGCGAGACCAGUGGAUCCGUGAUGGCGAGGGCUUCGUCCUAGUGUACAGCAUCUCGUCACGGUCGUCCUUCACGCGCAUCAAACGGUUCCACCACCAAAUCCAGAGGGUCAAAGAGUCGACCGCCUCGUCCCCGUCGUACCCAGGGUCGCCCAUCUCCGCUGCCACCCCUUCAGCACCCGUCCCCAUUAUGCUUGUGGGGAACAAGAGCGACCGCAUCGCCGAGCGUGAAGUAUCGACUCAAGAAGGCCACGCACUGGCGCGUGAGCUCGGCUGCGAGUUUGUCGAGGCGUCGGCCAAGAAUUACAUCAACGUCGACAAGGCCUUCUACGACGUCGUUAGGAUUCUGCGGAGGCAACGGCAGGCCGCCGCUCAACCGGUCUCGCCCACGGGCAGCAGCAAGCACGAGUCGUCGAGGAGGACAGACUCGGGUAUCCAGUCGGAAAAGGGUCGGCAUCGACGAGAGCGCCGCAGAGGAGGGUGUGUCAUAUUAUGAGCGAUGACCACAGCCUCGCUUUGCGCCACAGCUCUCGCCCACAUCUCGCGAUUGGCGAGCCAAAGCCAUAGCCCUGGACGGCAAUUGCGCGAUCGUCCUUCGGACUGAUA